UCCACAGCACUCUCUUUUCCUCAUAGCUUUGGCAAAGAGUUCAUCACUGCAUUCCCGGAGAACAUCGCCUUUUACCAUCCCACUCAGCCUGACAACAGAGUUGUAAUCACAGCCCUACAUAGUGGCACCACGGUAACUGUUACCAUGAAGGAACUGGGUUACACAGAUACCAGGAACCUGAAUGCAGGAGAGGAAGUUAUGAUUCAGACAGAUAUUAACAUGAAGGAACUCAAGAGGUCAAAAUUCUCCAACCAGACCCUGCAUGUGACCAGCAACAACAACAUCAGUGUCCUUGCCAUCAGCCAAAGAGGCGAAAGCAUCCAGACCAUGGUAGUCCCACCGUUGGAGAGCUUGGGUACAGAGUACCAUGUCCCCCUUAUACCUGAGAUGAAGCCCACUCAGCCUCAAAUAGACCCACGGAACCGCUUGUUUAGUCUCAUCAUCAUUAACCAUAAAGAAACUAACAAGGUCACCAUCUCAGGGCCAGCGGGUGAGGACAAGACUGUCUCACUCCAGCCGUUCCAACUGGUUUAACUCUGGCUCAAUAGAUCGCUGCCAGAACCACACGUGUCUGCCGACCACCCCGUGGCAGUUCUGUACGGCCACCCAUGUGCCACUGUGACUAACUGCACCUGCAGUUUUCUGUUCAACCCUCUGUACCCAGUCACAGCUUGGGGGUCAGAAUACCUUGUGCACCCCUCUUUUGAGAAUGGAGCUUUGAAUGAAACUACUUUUUUGCUGACAACCAACCAAAGUGUGAGUUUACUCAGCGGACCCCCCACAGAGCCCCUCCAGCUGCAGUCUUCCCACAAGCUGCCCUUCAAUCCCUUCCUCCCUGGUGGCUCCUCCCUGGUCAAGACCUCCAGUCCUGUCUCCCUCACCCUCCUCAGGCCAGGCCUGCUACUCAGCCUCAUCCCAACGCAUAGCUUCUCCUCCUGCUACCUCCUCCACUCCCUCAACGCCGUGAAGAACCAGGCCCUGCUAGUAGCCCCUACAGCCCAGACAGAGGGGGUGCAUCAGGGGAACACCGCCCUGGACAUCACAUGGACUCCCAUGAUGGGGACGGAGUACUCCUGGGCACUCAUUGACUUUGGAACAGAAUAUAGGAAGCAUGUCAUCUGGCAUAGUUCCUCCAAAAUGGCCGCCUACUACCUGGGAGAGGUAAACGGCAUGGUUUUUGGGAAUCCAGCUGACAGCCUCAGCACAGAUCCAGGUAUGGUGUUGUAGAGGUUUCAUUGAGUUGUAUUGCUGUGAAUUAUGCAUAUCAUUCAUGUCUGUGUGUCUGUAUGCAAGUAUUUUUCAAGUAAUAUAUUGAUCUCUCACUCUCUCUCGCUCUCUCUCUCUCUCUGUGUGUGUGUGUGCGUUUUGUAUGCACAGAUUCUAAGGGCUGUCUGCUGAGGCCAGAGGUUGUGUCACUUGGGGACGAGCAGGGUGGCUGGCCAGAGUCUCUGAAGUACUGCCAAGACCAGGGCUACAGUCUGGUCAGCCUGAACACAGAAGACUUCCUACUUCACGUGACCAAUAAACUGAUGGAGUCUGGGACCCAGGCUCAGGGACAGACACAGGGUCAGGUGUGGAUAGGCCUCCGUAGGAGCUCACUGACAGGGCAGUGGUACUGGCUGAGCAAGGCUGCUGUGUCCUUCACCCACUGGGCCAAGGGCGAGCCAGGGACCCCCAUGCAGGGCCAGUGUACCAUGAUGACGCUGUACCCCCAGGGAAACUAUACCUGGAGCGACAAGAGCUGCUGUGAAGCUCUCCCAGCCGUCUGCUACAGAGAGCCACUACACUUCCCCCUUGAG